AUGGAAUUUACACUUGGUGACAAUCAGACUGUCCCUGGUGAUUGCAAAAUGCAUGCUCAUGAAACUCAUCUUGAAUCAAUACACAACUUAAAUAGAGUUAAGCGCAUUGAAAGUGAAGGUGCUAAUAUAGCUGGGAAAAUUUGUUCUCUUCAAUCUGCUAAAUAUGUAAGUUUAACUGAAAAAAUUUCCAAACGCAUUGCUGAUAAUGAUCGGUGGUUUUCACUCGAAUUUUUUCCACCAAGAACACCAAGUGGUGCUGCCAAUCUUAUCGGAUGUUUUGAUCGAAUGGCAGCCGGUCGACCAUUAUUUUGUGAUAUAACAUGGCAUCCAGCAGGUGAUCCAGCUGGUGAUAAAGAAACAAGUUCAAUGAUGAUAGCAAAUACAAUGUUAAAUUAUUGUGGAAUCGAUACGAUGCUACAUAUAACAUGCUAUGGUGCUAAGAAGGCAGCUAUGCUUGAAUAUCUCUAUAAAGCAAAAGAUUGUGGAAUUAGAAGUUUAUUAGCAUUACGAGGAGAUCCGCAUGUAGGUGAAGAAUGGAAUCCAGCAAAGAGUGAUUUUCGAUAUGCACUUGAUUUAGUUAAAUUUAUUCGACAGCAUUUCGGAGACUAUUUCGUAAUUUGUGUUGCUGGUUACCCACAAGGACAUCCCGAUUCGACAUCUUAUGAAGAUGAUCUAGAUUAUUUAAAAGAGAAAAUCGAUUGUGGUGCAGAUUUUAUUAUAACACAACUUUUCUUUCAAGCGGAAACGUUCAUUAAAUUUGAAUCUGAUUGUCGUUCUAUUGGAAUAAAAUGUCCUAUUAUUCCUGGAAUAUUACCUAUUCAAGGCUAUGCCAGUCUUCGCAAUAUUGUUCGAUUGGCUAAACUUGAUGUACCUAAAGAAAUUCUCGCUUGUAUUGAACCAAUAAAAGAUAACGAUGAAGCCAUACGUAAUUUUGGUGUUCAAGCAUGUCUAGAUUUAUGUUGCGCUCUAUUAGAUUCUGGUAAAGUUAAUGGUCUUCAUUUUUACACAUUAAAUCGAGAAUUUGCAACGAUUGAAAUAUUAAAAAAACUUGGCCUUUGGUUAGACGAACAAUCAUUGCGUGCACUACCUUGGAAAAAAACUUCAUUUAGUCACGCACGUUCACAAGAAAAUGUUCGACCAAUAUUUUGGAGUAUAAGACCAAAAUCAUAUGUUCAUCGUACUUCGAAUUGGAACGAAUUUCCAAAUGGACGUUGGGGUAUAUCGUCGGCACCGUCAUUCGGUGUAUUAACUGAUUACCAUUUAUUCUAUAUGAAAAUUGAUGCAACACGUGAUGAAUUACUUGAUGAAUGGGGACGUGAAUUAACUUGUGAACAAGAUGUCUGGAAAAUGUUUGCCUGCUACAUUGGUGGAGAGAAAAAUAGUAUAGAUAAAGUUGUUCGUCGUUUUCCAUGGACAGACGAAGAAUUAUCAGCAGAGACAACAUUAAUUCAAAAAAAUUUAGUUGAAUUCAAUAAACGAGGAAUUUUAACAAUUAAUUCUCAACCAGCUGUUAAUGGAAAAUCAAGUUCUGAUCCAGUUGUUGGCUGGGGUACACCUAAUGGUUACGUUUAUCAAAAGGCUUAUUUGGAAUUCUUUACAAGCGCAGAAAAUAUUCCAGCAUUACGUUCUGUUCUAAAAACGUUUCCCGGUGUUAAUUAUCAUUUUGUGAAUAAAUCAGGUGAAGCUAAUGAAACAAAUACAGAUGAUGAACAACCAAUUGCAGUAACAUGGGGUGUUUUUGCGGGCAAAGAAAUCGUUCAACCAACAGUUGUUGAUCCUGUUAGUUUUAUGAUUUGGAAGGAUGAAGCUUUCAGUUUGUGGACUGAACGUUGGGGUAAACUCUAUGAACCAGAAUCCCGUUCACAUGCAAUCAUUGAAAAAAUAGCAAACACUUAUUUUCUGGUUAAUUUAGUGGAUAAUGAUUAUCCUCAAGGUUCUUGUCUUUGGACAAUACUAGAUUCUAUGUUUGAAUAUCAAAAACUCCCAAAGAAAAAUGUUGAGUCUUGA